AUGUUUGGAAUGACUGAAAUCAAUAGCAAAGAAGGUUGGCCAGCAUUGUCCUGUGCUGCGACGACUAUAGGCAUUCAUCAGGAUAUUUCGUCAAAUGAAAUGACAAAUAACAAAUUAGUGCAAGUACACAAGAAGGAAUCACCUGAAUCUUUUCUUCUUCAAAAAAAAGAAAGAUUGCUUCGGACUUCAAAUGAGCUGCCGUGUUGCAGUACAACGAGAAGUGGUGCUGAUUUUACUGGCAGCAUCUUUGACUCAGAUGGUUUGUUCAUUCCGUGGGAAUUAUAUGUUUGUAUAGGAUUUGACUUAUUACGACCUCUUGCAAAAUUGCAAGCACUGAAAAAUAUGAAUCUUUACUAUGCUAUACGAAAUGAAUUAUGCCGACGAGGUAAAAAUGGUGGUCUCCGAAUGUUGAACAUUGCCCGUGAAAUAACUGUUUCAAGUUAUUUUCGCGAAAUUCGGACUUUAUGGAAUAGUCGCAGUAAUGCUGGGGAAAAUGAUUUCGAUUUUGUUUUCAUACGGAUUAUAUCGUUUCUACAUUGGGCUAAUGCUAACAUUUCUUCAUUAACUGAUCUUGGACCACUAAAUGUCGAGAAGCUAAUGUUGUGUUACAAUUGCCGUUGGGGUGAAACAUCUACGGCACGAAAACGUUUUGACUCAUUUAUGCGUCAGAUAUUGUUCGAUAUGAAAGAUUUACUAGCUGUGCGAAGUUGGUGUGGUAUAUUGCGUGAAAAAACAGUCGUUGAUAUAGCUAUGGUUCGAGCAGAGUAUCUUAUGGUUGUAGAUCUUGGAACUAUGAUGCCAAAGGGACCGUUUAAAAAGUGGAAUUUAAAGGACUUGUUUCUGAAGCUGAAAAAUUUGGAAGAUUUUACAUGGCUCAAUUGUGACAUCCGUACCUUAGUUUAUUUGACAUCUGUCAGCUCUUUAAGACGACUGGUACUGCAUGUAACUAAGUAUGAUCAGGUAUUUUUCGAGCAGUUUUUUGCACGAUUUGGUUUUGACACCGAUGUAGGUUUGAGGGAGCCGGAAAAUAAUGAGGAAGUAAAGCAGGAGGUUCCAGCUUUGGCGCUUCAAUGUCCUAUUCAUGAUGAUUAUAGUGGUCCUGAUUCGUUCUCCAAUAUAUUUUCUUCACAAGAUAAGACUCAGGAGUCGUUAUCUACUUCCUUAGCUCAAUCAGCUCUCGCUAAUUUAGAUCAGGCGGAAGAAACGGGCAGUCAAGCUUGGAUUUCCGUGAAAUCACCUCCAAAGAAGGUGCAUCUUGAUUACGCUGCUUUGUCAUUCGCUUAUGCGAUAUUGCACUCCAAGGAACAUGAUUUACGAAACUGUUCUAGUAAAGUUCCGGUUAAACGUUACCGAUCUGAAAAAUUUCAUGUUCCACUGGCAGUGCUCGCAGCAAAUACAGUUAUUCUAAAUCUUCCACCUGCUUCGUAUGAACGGAACUUUCUGAAUAUGGGAAUAUCAAAAAAGAAGUUUGGUAUUGGAUUUCCAAAAGAAAUUUGCGCAAAUAUAAAACCAAAUCGAACAUCAUAUGGAAGCAUUGUACAAGUUUUGGAAACCAGUUCAUACGAAGCGAUUGGUCGAGGAACGUAUGCGGAAGAAGUCGAAAUUCAUGUUAUGUUCGAUCAUUACCGUAAGGAACGAGUGGUUCACUUAUUUAAUCUUGCCAUGGUGAAAUUCUUUCCAAAAAUAUUGCGUUUGCAUUUUACUGCAGCUGGAAGAAGUGUGAGGAGAUACUAUAGAUGGCCACACUCGAUAUCAGAUAGCACUCUAUUUUUGCGUUACCUGACAGUUUUCGAGCUGACUUUGAAUUGUUUGACAUUUAGUGUUCCAAAGCUAGUUUCUUAUUCUUCAACACCAGAUCUCGAAGAAGUUUAUAUAACAUUAUGUGGUCUUCCACACAACGAACGUGGAACGAUUCAAAACAUAAUGGAAUUGUUUCGAUUUUUUAUGCAGCCAAAAGAUGAUCUUAGAAUCGUUAUAUUUCGAAUCAAUGCACCGCAAGAUUUUUAUGAAGAGCAAAAUAAUUUGAAGAGUCAAGAUUUUUAUAUUUGAUACUUUUUUGCAUUUCUCGAGGUGUUAUCACUGGUAACGGCAGAAAAUAGACCUGUUCAUCUGGAAACUUUGGGAAUCGUAUGCUGCGUUCCUGAAACGAAGAUGCUGAACCUUUCGAGUCGAAUAUAUAAUGCAAUUAAAAGUAUCCAUCCUGUUUUACGAAAGCAACUGAAGAAAUUGAUUUUGGAUGGUCGAGUUUGGGGUGCACUUUCUGCUGAACAUUUUGCGUAUAUCCAGGAUCUUUUUCCAGGUUGUUCCUUGGAAGCAGAGCUUGCGCCGGAUGACUGCAAAGAUCUUAAGUACCAUCUCAUUUAUGAAAGUGAUGCUCUCAGACAUAGGGAAGUUUAUAAUGUCUGCUGCACAAGUGAUAGUGAAUCAGAAGGUAGCGAAUCACCAGCACUGGACAAUGGAAACGAAUAUUUAAUGAAAUCUGAUUACUCUGAUACGACGGGAGAAACGGCUGAAGAUCGAACAUUUGCCGAAAUUCUCGCCUCAAAACUUAAAAAAAAAGGAGAAACAAAUCUAUCAAUCGAUCCCAGUCUAGCAGUGGACAGGAAACUGGCAGCAAUACUGUAG